AUGACAAAAAUAAAGGCUGGACCUGUUGUUGAUGUCCUUGGAGAUGAGAUGACAAGAAUAAUCUGGGAUUUGAUUAAAAAUAAGCUGAUUUUACCUUUCUUAGACAUAGAAUUACAUACAUAUGAUUUGGGAAUGGAGUACCGUGAUCAAACUGAAGACCAGGUGACUAUUGAUUGUGCUAAUGCUAUUAAAAAGUACAAUGUUGGUAUUAAGUGUGCUACCAUCACACCAGAUGAGAAUAGAGUUGAAGAAUUCAAUUUAAAGAAAAUGUGGAAGAGUCCCAAUGGUACCAUUCGUAACAUUCUUGGUGGUACAGUGUUCAGAGAAGCUAUUAUUUGCAAGAAUAUCCCACGUCUUGUUACUGGUUGGGAAAAACCAAUUAUAAUUGGACGUCAUGCUCAUGCUGAUCAAUAUAAAGCCACUGAUUUUGUAGUUCCUGGUGAAGGAAAGUUAGAGUUGGUGUUCACGCCUCCUUCUGGUGAACCAAUCAAAUAUGUUGUUAAUGAAUUUAAGGGUGCAGGUGUAGCUCUCGGUAUGUUUAACACAGAUGCGUCAAUUGUUGAUUUCGCCCAUUCUUCAUUCAAAUAUGCACUUGGAAGGAAAUAUCCAUUGUAUUUGAGUACUAAGAACACAAUUCUCAAGAAAUAUGAUGGUCGCUUUAAAGACAUUUUCCAAGAAAUAUAUGAAAAGGAUUAUAAGUCUCAAUUUGAAGGUGCAGGAAUUUGGUAUGAGCACAGACUCAUUGAUGACAUGGUUGCAUAUGCUAUGAAGUCUGAGGGUGGUUUUGUUUGGGCUUGUAAGAACUAUGAUGGGGAUGUGCAAUCAGAUUCAGUUGCCCAAGGAUAUGGGUCUCUUGGUCUUAUGACUUCAGUGCUUAUUUGUCCUGAUGGAAAGACCGUUGAAGCUGAGGCCGCUCAUGGAACUGUUACACGACACUACCGCUUCUAUCAACAAGGAAAGGAAACAUCCACCAAUCCUAUUGCUUCCAUUUUCGCGUGGACAAGAGGUCUACUGCAUCGCGCCAAACUAGACGACAACGCUGAACUGAAAAACUUUGCUGAAGCACUCGAAAGUGUUUGCAUCGACACCAUUGAGUCUGGAAUUAUGACGAAGGAUCUUGCUAUUUGUAUCAAAGGCAUGAACAACGUGAAGAGGUCAGAUUACUACGAAACAUUUGAAUUUAUGGAUAAGUUGGCAGAGAAUUUAGCUAAAAGACUGGGAAAGUGA